GGGAGAAUGUCGCUCGCGGGAGGAGAUGGAGGUUGUAGGAGGCGUCCGUACGCGUGUGUGUGCACGCGUGGCUAUGUCUGCCCAUCAACCACCCAUGGUGGGCAGGAAGGGCCAUGGGGGAGGAGGAGGGACGGCGACGACGGCUGCGCCGCUGGCGAUGUCUUCGACGCCGCCGCUCGCCCCGGCGCUGCCCGGCAAGGGCGUCGGGAGCGGGGGCCACGGCCGGCGGGAAGCGCGGUACAAGAUCGGCCACUACAGCCUCGGCGACACGCUCGGGGUCGGCACGUUUGGCAAGGUCAAGGUGGGCGAGCACGAGCAGACCGGGUGCAAGGUCGCCGUGAAGAUCCUCAACCGGCAGAAGAUCCGCAACCUGGACGUGGUGAGCAAAAUCAAGCGCGAGAUCCAGCACCUCAAGUUCUUCCGCCAUCCGCACAUCAUCAAACUGUACCAGGUGAUCAGCACCCCCACCGACUUCUUCAUGGUCAUGGAGUUUGUGCCGGGAGGGGAGCUCUUUGAGUACAUCUGCAGGAACGGGCGCGUGGAGGAGCGAGAGGCACGCCGCCUCUUCCAGCAGAUCCUGUCGGCGGUGGACUACUGCCACCGGCACAUGGUGGUCCACCGUGACCUCAAGCCCGAGAACGUGCUGCUCGACGCCAACAUGAACGCCAAGAUCGCAGACUUCGGUCUCUCCAACAUGAUGUCGGACGGGGAGUUCCUGAGCACCAGCUGUGGCUCCCCAAACUACGCUGCCCCUGAGGUCAUCUCGGGCAGGCUGUACGCGGGCCCCGAGGUGGACAUCUGGUCGUGCGGCGUGAUCCUGUACGCGCUGCUGUGCGGGGCGCUGCCCUUCGACGACACCAACGUCCCCGCGCUGUUCCGCAAGAUCCGGGGGGGGGUCUUCCACGUGCCCCCCCACCUCGACGCCGACGCCGCAGAUCUCCUGGCCGAGAUGCUGCGAGUCGACCCCGUGAAGCGCGCCACCGUCCGCGACAUCCACGAGCACCCGUGGUUCAGCGUGGACCUCCCCGAGCACCUCUUCCCGGUGCUGGGCGAGGAGCCGUGGGACGACGACACGCUGGACAUGGACGCCGUGGAGGAGGUGUCCGUCAAGUGCGAGUGUAGCCAGGAGGACGUGCUCGACUCGCUCGACUCCGACGACCUCCAGGCCCCCCUCACGGUGGCGUACCGCCUGCUGCUGGACAGCCGGCACGCCAAGCCACUGUACGAGGCCGUGGGGGUGCACGCCGGCGCCGCCGGGGGGCUGCUGUGGAGCCCCCCGCGAGUCUUCCUGCCGCCGUGCGGGGACAGCCUCUCCCCCCGCGAAAGGGCGCAGAGCAUCGAGAGCCCGGGCUCUCCGCUGGGCGCCGACGGCCUGUCGGGCCGCUGCCCGCUGGGUGCCCUGGACCCCACGCGGCCCAAGCACCUGGUGGUGCAGCGCGCCAAGUGGCACCUCGGCAUCCGCAGCCAGAGCCGCCCCGCCGACGUCAUGAAGGAGGUGUUCCGCAUCAUGAAGCACCUCGACUACGAGUGGAAGGUGGUGAACCCCUUUGCCCUGCGAGUGCGGCGGCGCAACCCCGUGACGGGCAGCACGGUGAAGCUCAGCCUGCAGCUCUACCAGGUGCAGGGCCGCAACUACCUGCUGGACUUCCGCAGCGUGGACGAGGAGGGCGCGUCCGGAGGCUCCACGCCCCAGCGGAGCGGCUCUCUGUGCGGCGGCCGUCCCCGCCUCUACACGGACCCCGUGGCCUGCGCCCCGCGCCGCGCCGCCGCCCGUCGCCACCAGAGCGGCGACGGCCUCCGGCCCGGCGGCGGCAGCAGCGGCGGCAGCAGCUGCGGCGCCAACACCGGCGACGGCUGCACGGGGAUGGCGGCCGCCCCCGGCGUGUACAGCACGACGCUGGCCACCGCCGUGAACCCGGCGCCGGUCUCGCCGGCCAGCCUGCCGCGCUCGCUCGGCACCUACCUGGCGAGCCGCGGCGUCGUCAACGCCUGGGCCACGGGCGACGGCCGCCAGAGCCGGCGCGACGCGGCCCUCGCGCACUUCACCAUCGGCGCCGGCUCCAACGCCACCACCUCCACGUCGUCCUCGUCCGACGCCGGCGUCGCGUCGCCAGAGUCGGACGGCGCCGGCGGCGGCGACGCGGCCGCCUCGCCGGCGUCGCCCGUCCCGCCCACGUCGCCGACGGCCUACGCCGCCGCGUACAGCCUGCUCGCCGACUCGAAGGCCGGCUCGCCACCGGGGCCGCCGUUCGGUCGGCCGCACGAGUCCGGUGCCCACGCCGCCGCCGCCGCCGCCCCGCCCCGGGUGGGCAGCACCACCAUCGAGUUCUUCGAGAUGUGCCACGACCUCAUCAGGCUGCUGGCGCACUGACGCCAGCAGCCUGGCCGCUGAGUCUCGGGCGGCUGCCGGGCUGUCGGCAGGCAGUGGUUGCCGGUGUUGUUUGUGGUGCUGGGUGGGGAUGGUGGUUGUGGUGGUGGCGGUGGGUGGUGCUGGGUGGUUGUUGUUUCUUCAACGGGAGCCGCGUGGACCGGAGUAGGAGGUGGGGGGGUCGCACUGGGUCGACCCCGGGCAACGCUAACGACGGCUCGUUGAUUUAAUCGGGUUUAUAUAUUUCUUGUUAAUGGAUUCCUUCCCAACUUCUUUGCGAUUCGCUUCACGUGACCCCUGCACAGCCGCCUCCAUUCAGUGUGAAGUAAUCUCCGUGCCCGUGCCGAAUCGUGGCGACGCGUGCGAUCUCCAGCUGCUGCCUUGCCUCCUCCGCCGCAGACCCACGCGACCUCCGCUUUGCCGGACGUGAGACGCCAACGUUCGUGCCGUAACUCAAUGUUUUGGUUUAGUUUUGUGUUCGUCUGCGGCGGGUUCGGUCACCCGUCCUGCGCUCGGCGUGUUCGGUCGCUGCGCGUGGCUCGUGCCUCACGGAUUAUUAUCAAAAAAUAUUUGAGGAGCGGCCUUCCCCGUGGCGUUCAUAACGAAGAGUUGGUGCACCCUGGCGACAAAUCGAUCGGUCCAUGGCGACCCUCGUGAGCUCGUUUCUCGCCGCGCUGCCGCGUCCCCCCCCCCCCCCAACCUUUUAGCGGCUUUACUGACGUGCCAAAAAUUAAAUCACAUUUGUGCCACGAUUGCCGUUCAACGACUUACCUGCAAGUGGCUCAUCUGCCCCCCCCUCCCGCCGUCUUCGGCUGACACCGCGUUCUGGUCUUAAAGCCUGGUGCUCCGCAAGCGUGCUUGGAAAAUGCCCGGCGACAAACCGGUUGUCGCCCGGGGUCACCUGCCGUGUGCACGUGGUACAGCGCGGAGGGAGGGAGCGAGGGAGCGGGUUGCCGGUUAGCCGACCGGUUAAUGGAUGGGUGGGUUCGGUUUGUACCGUGGUUGUUUUUGUUAUUGGUAAGCAAGGAGAGUCAACUGGCUCGUCGGAUAAUCCCGUUUGUCGCGUUGGACAGUUUUGUGUCAUCCGGAUAUGUCCCAAGUCACUGGUCGGUUACCGAUUAUUAUUUUUUUUUUUUCAAACCGGAUGAGUGUUUAAUUUAUCAACAAAAUUAACGGUGAACUGUUUAAACUUGUUGGCUGCUUCAUCGGUUACCCGGGUGUGGAUGUUUAUAUUGGCGCUAUUUUUCUAGUUCCAUGUUGAUCUGGCUGCUUCUUGCUAGGUCGGGAUUCUCAGCUGCCACGUCUGGCUGGUCCCUAGCACCGGCUGUUACCUGGUUGCUUGUGAAACCGACUCAUCUGCUUGUCUGCAGGACUGGUUACUUGGUAAUUUGCAAGACCGAUUGUUCUGGUUAUAGGUGUAGCGCUGGUUACCUGCCGAUGUUUAUAUGACCGGUGACUUGGCUUUAUUGUAAGACUUUUUUUUUACCUGAUUAUCUGGAGGAUGGGGGACGCUGCAUUGUGGGCUUUAGGCCUUUGUCCAGGGGGCAGUCUCUCAGUGUUUCUGAUGGCACUGUCCAUCUGUCUGUCUGUCUGUGUCUCUCUCGAACCUUGCGGACCCCGAGGCUCUCCUGUGAGAUCGAUCGAUCGCCAAGUCUGACGACCACCCCGGUGCUCAGAGCCAAGCCUUCUUCAUCCCAAGCACUUUAAAAACUCAACUAAAACUGUAAAGAUUAAUCAAAGUAGCAUCAUGUUUGUUCCCCCACCCACCCCCUCUCUCGUCUCUCUUCGGCACGGAAGCGUUGCCACUUGGUUGCCGAAUCAUUUCAAAGCAAUAUCUGGCGCGGUGCAGCGAGGCUGCCGAGUUGACUGCGGUGGCGCGUUUCUCGGGGGUAAAACUUUCUCUAUUUUGUUUUACCGGCGUCGUUUGCCGCGUCGAUGCGAUCCCACCGCCCCUCGUGUGCACGCCGUCUUCUCGUGUAAAUACUCCUAUCAGCUGGUGGCGCUGGCUGUAGGACAAUCUCCCCUCAAGGCUCCCAAGUCGUUGUCGGGACCCCCCCCCCCCCACAUGAGAGGAGUGAAACCAAACAUCGGCCCGAAUUGAAAUCCUAGCAACCAGCCAAGAUGAUGAACAAAAAUAGAACCUCACAUCUCUCUCCAUUUGUCGAAAGCUCAUCUCGUAUCUGUCGUUAUCAGUCCUCUCACCGCAUCCGUCUUGACCCCCCCCCCCCCCCACUUCUGUCACCUCCGCUAUGAUUGUUAGAAAUUGCGUGGUGGGGGCGGGGGUAGCCCCCCACACCCCAUCAAACACCACGAGGACGGAGUCGUGGCGGAGAUGCCUCGACAAGUCCCUCCCCCCCCACCCAAUACUCCCAUCUGUGCGUUCAAGAGGGUCUCCUGGUCUGACAUUGGCGGGGACGUUUUGGGCCACUUCUUGCCAAAGGGGCGCUGCUCCACUUCUGCGUGUGAACCUGCUCUUGAUCCUACUUGCCGUGCUGCCCACCGCCCUGGGGCAAGCUUGCCCCCCCCCCCCCGCUCUGUCCGCCAACCCCGUGGGGGGGGUCGUCGUGUCUCCGCGAGUAUUCCCCACUUUGUAAAACUCUCGAGGAGAGUUGCGGUGUUUCUCCUUGCAGGUCGGGGGCUGCUAAGGUUGGAGCCCGGGGCGGCGAUUUGAGAACAAAUCUGCAAUGGUCGGUUUAGUCGAGUACUGUACACGGUUGUUGUUUUUUAAAAUAUCACUUUUGGUACGGAAUAUAAAAAAAACAACCUCUAAAUUAAUUGCUAUCAAUGCAUGUAAGAUAAAUAUUGUCUACGAUUUAAAAAUAAAUAUAUAUUCUUAAUGUUAUCUACAAAAAUGUGAACAAAAUUUUUGCAUCUUAUACUGUGCUGUGCCAUUCAAUUUACUGGUUUGGAGAAAUGAAAAAAAAUGUUGAGCACCAUUUAAAUAAAACCCACCCCCCCUCCCCCUGUUUUUAUUGCGUGAUGGUUUCGUCCGAGUGGCCCAGCUGCUUGUGGCUACGGAUGGGUGAGGACGGAUCCAUUUGAACGUGGGGGGCAUUUGCAUCCCAAAUGAAAGUGUGUGGAUCCGGCCACCUCAAUCCUCUUCCAAUACAAAUCAAGGGUCGCUUGGACUGCCAUCUCGUUACUCGGUGGGGGUUGGGGGGGGCGGGGGAUGAUGGGUCACACGCUGUGCUGUGCUUUAUAAAGUCCACUCCAGGUUGUCGAGAUAUUUUUGAAUGUUUGUGUUUUUGACACACGAAUGUAAGACGGGCUUCUGGAACGGUGAAUAAAAAUGCAAAGAACGU